AUGGUGAAUCUGCAAACCGUACAAGCCCACAAUGCGACACUCAAGUCGCUAGGCCCAGGUCUUGUCGCAGUGUUUGUCGGUGGCACCUCUGGCAUUUCUCUCUCAACUGCCCUCGCCCUCGCCCGCCACUCUACAUCCCCCAGGAUUUACCUUAUCGGGCGCAGUCAGUCUGCUGCAGACAGUGCGAUUGCCUCGAUGAAAGACAUAAACCCUUCAGCCCAGCCCACCUUUCUCCAAGCCGACGUAUCUCUCCUUAAGAACGUGGACAACGUAUGCAAGGAGAUUACAGCUAGGGAAAAGAAGCUCAACCUGCUUUUCAUGACUCCUGGCACCUUCACGAUGAAAGGCCGGGACGAGACGGCUGAAGGCCUCGAUCGAAAAUUCGUGCUGCAUUUCUAUGCCCGGAUGAGAUUCAUCACCAACCUCCAGCCCCUUUUAAGCGCAGCGGCACAAGAUGGCGAUAAUGCCGGGCUGUCCCGUGUUGUCACUGUAUUAGAUCCGCAUGCAUCCCUUCGCGCCGGUGGCUCCGGUAGCCUCAACUUUGCAGACUUGAGCCUGAAGGAUACCUUCAGCCUCAGUAAAUGUGCCGCACACGCCAGUAUCAUGGCCAAUUGUUUCAUCGAAAGCAUGGCUCAGAAAUACCCACACACAUCCUUCGUCCACUCAUAUCCUUCCGGCGUGGCCACAGGUUUGCUGCGUGGCCUCCCGUUUGGAGGCCUCCUGUCGGCCGUCCUGCCAACGCUGCUAAAGCCCUUCAUGGUACCGCUUGAGGAAAGUGGAGAGAGGCAUCUGUUUGCCGCGACGAGUAACAGGUUCCCUCCCAAGGCUGAUGGUGACAGCGUGGAAGGUCCCGUGGCGUUGGGCAGUGAUGAGACAAAGGGCAGUGGCAGCUACUUGCUGAACUGGGACGGAGAGGUGUUCCCUGCAAACAAAAAAUUAUCCAAGAUAAGGACUGAGGACGGUGUCGAGAAGGUGUUGCAGCAUACCAACGAAGUGUUUAAACGAGUGUGCGACGAGGGCAAGACGUAUCCCUGA